CCUCAAGCCAAUGAAGAAGGAGAAGGCGUGGCGCGGGGCUGCAGCGGCGCGGGGCUCUUCCUCGCGCUCUAGAGCUUGCUCCGCUGUUGCCGCUGUGUCCGUGGUCGUUCCUGCCCGCCUGGCCGCGGUGCUCUCCCGCAAGGUUCCUGCCCUUGUCUCUGGAGCAUGGCAGGCUGCUGAGCUUGAGUGGCAGUGUCAAGCAGGAGCUGUGUGUCUUGCCCAGUGGCAGGGAAGGUGUCCAUGGCUGCAGCCAACAGAGGCAAUAAGCCCAGAGUCCGAAGUAUCCGCUUUGCAGCAGGCCAUGAUGCAGAAGGCUCCCAGAGCCAUGUCCACUUUGAUGAAAAGCUGCAUGACUCCGUUGUCAUGGUUACUCAGGAGAGUGACAACAGCUUUCUAGUCAAGGUUGGUUUCCUGAAGAUCCUACACAGGUAUGAGAUCACCUUCACUCUGCCUCCAGUGCGCAGGCUGAGCAAAGACAUCCGUGAAGCCCCUGUCCACAGCUUGCACCUCAAGCUCCUCAGUGUUACUUCCAUCCCUGAAGGUUACAGCAUCAAGUGUGAGUAUUCAGCACACAAAGAGGGCGUCCUCAAAGAGGAGAUGCUGCUGGCCUGCGAAGGUGACACAGGCACCUGUGUGCGUGUGAUGGUGCAGGCACGGGUCAUGGACCGGCACCACGGUACACCCAUGCUGCUGGAUGGUGUCAAGUGUGUGGGCGCUGAGCUGGAGUACGACUCAGAACACAGUGACUGGCACGGCUUUGACUGAGGCCUGGGGCCCUGCCUGCCUGCCUACCUGCCUGCCUGAGCCCCUGAGCCUUAAAUUCCACCUGCUUCCCGACAUGCUGCGUGAUGGUGUGGCUUCCUCGCCUCUCCCCUGGGUGGGCGUGGCCGGGCUAGACCUUGCUCAUGCCUCCCACUUCUGCCUUCAUUCCUGUCACCGUCCUGCCUCACCCAUGGCCCCCUUUCCCUCUUCCUCCUCUCCCAUGUGCCUGAGUCUCCUGACUGAAGAAAUGGGUUGAGUCCUAAGGAGGCCAUCUGAGAGGAGGGACCUGGGGUGGGAUUUACCUCCCCCACCCAAGCCAUAGGGGCUGCAGCUAGGGACCGGGGGAGGACGGAGUGGCUCUGUGUGACACUGGUGCCCCGUUGCUGCUGCUGUUGUCCUCUCGCCUUCGCCACCUCUGCUGUCCCUCAUCUUCCCCACUGCUGUUCCCAGCUCCUACCCCUCAGGUCUGUGGUACUUGGUUUUUAAUGACCGGUUGGGAUAGAGUCCUUAAUAAAUAAAAGUUCCAGUA